CCUGGCCCCUCCCUCUCUCCGGCCCGCUCCGCCCGCCGGCUCCCCCUCCCCGUUCCCUCGGGUCCCGGGAUGGGGGGGCGGUGAGGCAGGCACAGCCCCCCGCCCCCAUGGCCGCCCGUCGGAGCCAGAGGCGGAGGGGGCGCAGGGGGGAGCCGGGCACCGCCCUGCUGGCCCCCUUCAUGCUGGGCCUGGGCCUGGCGCUGGCCUGCCUUGGCCUCCUGCUAGCUGUGGUCAGCCUGGGGAGCCGGGCAUCGCUGUCUGCCCAGCAGGAGCUUUCCCAGGGGGAGCUGGCAGCAGAGGAGGACCUAGAGCCAGAGUCUCGGGAACUGAGUCCCCGGACAGAGGAGAGCCAGGAUGUUGUGCCUUUCCUGAAGCCACUAGUCCGGCCUCGCAGAAGUGCACCAAAAGGCCAGAGAACACGGGCUCGCAGAGCAAUUGCAGCUCACUAUGAAGUUCACCCACGACCAGGACAGGACGGAGCACAGGCAGGUGUGGAUGGGACAGUGAGUGGCUGGGAAGAAGCCAAAAUCAACAGCUCCAACCCUCUGCGCUAUGACCGUCAGAUUGGGGAAUUUACAGUCACCAGGGCUGGGCUCUACUACCUGUACUGUCAGGUGCACUUUGAUGAGGGCAAGGCUGUUUACCUGAAGCUGGACUUGCUGGUAGAUGAGGUGCUGGCCCUGCGCUGCCUGGAGGAGUUCUCAGCCACAGCAGCAAGUUCCCCUGGGCCCCAGCUGCGACUCUGUCAGGUGUCAGGGCUGUUGCCCCUGAGGCCAGGGUCCUCCUUGCGGAUCCGCACACUGCCUUGGGCCCAUCUCAAAGCUGCCCCCUUCCUCACCUACUUUGGACUCUUCCAAGUUCACUGAGGGAGCAGUCUCCUGGCAGAUUUCCUAGGGUGCUGGCUCCCUGCACAGUGCUCUAAACAUCCAGAUCCCUCUAUCCCACCCUAAGCCUUCCAGGCUACAGAUCUGCCCCUCCUUCCAUAGGCUGCCAGGGCUCUUUCACGUGUUUUCCCAUUCUGUUUCCUCUCUUACACCCCUCUCCCCCCUCACUAGCUCCCAAACCCUGGAUCCUCCCAUGCCCCCUUUUAUCCCCGACUCUCCCCUGGCCAUACUCCCCAGAACAUUGUGUUUACUGACCUGUGGGCAAGGAUGGGUCCAGAAGACCCGGCUUCAAGCACUGAGAGGAGCUGGAACUUGUGGCUGGAAGCCAAAGAAUCUGGAACUGGGCCAGGAGUUCCCAAAUGUGAGGGGUAAGAGCCCAAGACAAGCUUGCUCCUUGACAAUUCCCUGUGGAUUUUGAAAACAGAUAUUAUUUUUAUUAUUAUUGUGACAAAAUGUUGGUAAGUGGAUAUUAAAGAGA